AACAUUCCCAGCUCUCCCAGCCUGGCUGCAGAGCAGAGGGGAACUCAGGGUUAGGCAGGGAAGUGGGAGCAGAGUGCCUAACACACACACAGAGCCAGGUGAGCGCUAUCUGAGCUCCCAGACUGUAAAUACUCCUGAGUGCUGCACGCCUGUCCCUUGGGGCUGGAGCCCUGGGUGUUGGGGCUGUGUGCCCUGGUCACUGUCCCUGCACGCCACCAGCGACACCGGGCAUCUGCUGGGAGCUCUGCCCCACCUUGAGACAGCCUUUCCUUGCUCAGACACGCUGCUGCUCCACUUUUCAAACUGCCAACAUGUAAACUUGUGAGGGAAUAAAAGAAAUUCCUCUCAUUUGCAAAAACACCACUAGAGAGUAUGUCUCGUUUAGGAAAACUGGGCUCUUCCCCCAGGGCUCAGGGGAUGGAGCCAGAGGAGCAGCUGGCCAUCAAAGAGGAGUGAGUGCUGUGUUCCAGGGGAGAAAGUGCUGAGCAAUCACAGUGUCAUCGGGCCAGAGGUGUCAGCGUGGUUUUGCAGCCCAUGUCUGACCCUGGAGCUUCCAGGAGUGGGCCAAGUUUUGCUCAUGACUUUAUUUCCUUCAAGUGGCAAUUGCCCUAGGAAAACCCCAGAGGAGAUUCAACAGAGUCAACACAAUCAUUUCGUAAUGUGGGAGUCUGAUGUCACUGUGAGGUGGAGGAGUUUCACCCAGGGUGAUGCUGGGAUGAGGCAGGGCUGGACUCAGCUGCUGGAGACAGGGAGGACACGUCCACAGCACAGAGAAACCCCACUGGAACCAGGAGCAGGUUUCUUUUAGGAUGAGUUCACAGAGCUGCACGUGCUGCCAGGAGAGGGGCCACGGCACCCUGUGUGCACCACAGGGUCUCACAUCCCUGGGGUCAGCUCCAGACAGUUCAGAUGACCCUGCUGUGACCAGAGCAGCCCAGAGCACGGAUGUAGAGCAGUGCUGGCUCCCUGGAGCCACCUGCAGAGGGUUCAGGGCUGUGUGUGGCACCUCCUGUGCCCCCAGCCCUGCUCAGCUCCUUCUCCAUCACUGCUCUGCUUCCUCACUCCGGAGGGGCUGUGGGCAGCGGGCACAGGGGUCUGUGCACAGAUGGAGAGUGGCUCUUCACACCUCUCAUUUAUCACCUCUCUGCUCAGGUACAGCCCGUUGAUGGGGCAGAGCAGGACCCAUUCCAGGCUGGUACCAAACCUGGCACCAACCCUGUCCCGAGCAGCUCCAGCCCCCGAGCACUGAGCACUGAGCACAGGAGCUUGGGCAGCUCGCCCAGGGCAGCUGCCAGCUGCCAGCGAGGACAAAUCCUGUUUGGAAACACUCUGGAAAUCGAGGAGUAGAGCCUGCCCUUGGAUCUUAGAGAAAGCAGCUGGGGUUUGUUGUUCCAAAUUCCUCUCUGAGGACCAGCUACAUCUAACAUUGCAGGCAGCAGCAUGAACCUGAAGAAGUACCUGGUGCGGGCGCUGCACCGCCUGCAGAAGGGCCCUGGUUACACCUACAAGGAGCUGCUGGUCUGGUACUGCGACAACACCAACACCCACGGCCCCAAGCGCAUCAUCAAGGAGGGGCCAAAGAAGAAAUUAAUCUGGUUCUUCCUAACGUUGCUCUUUGCAUCCCUGGUGUUCUGGCAGUGGGGGAUCCUCAUCAACACCUACCUCUCCUACAACGUCACCUCGUCUCUCUCCAUUGGCUUUAAGACCAUGAAGUUCCCUGCAGUCACCAUCUGCAAUGCCAACCCUUUCAAAUACUCAGAGGUGAAGCCCCUGCUGAAGGAGCUGGACAGGCUCAUUGAGGCGGCGCUGGAGAGGAUCCUGCAGCCGGGGAACGGCAGCGAGAACGUGUCCCCACCGCUCGACCUGGAGCUCUGGAACCAGAUCCCCCUGGUCCUCAUCGACGAGCACGACAAAGACAAUCCUGUCAUCCUGGACAUCUUUGAGACCAACCAGACUGCUGUGGGCAACAGAACUGCCUUGGACACCGAAACCAGUGUGAGCAGUGACACUGCUGGGGGCAGCGAAGCCUUGGGCAACGAAACCACUGUGGGGAACCAAACCACUGCUCCACCUGCCCCAUCCAACACCACGUCGGAAGAGAAGAAGUACAAGCUGGCAGUGAAGCUGUGCAGCCAGCAGGGCUCUGACAACUGCACCUACAGGAACUUCAGCAGCGCGGCGCAGGCGGUGAGCGAGUGGUACAUCCUGCAGUCCACCUCCAUCCUCUCCAAGGUGCCGCUGCACCAGAGGAUCAGGAUGGGAUACCAGGCAGAGGACAUGAUCCUGGCGUGUCUCUACGGGGCUGAACCCUGCAACUACAAGAAUUUCACCCAAAUCUACCACCCAGACCAUGGCAACUGCUACAUCUUUAACUGGGGCAUGGAUGAAGAGGCUCUGAACUCUUCCAACCCUGGGGCUGAAUUUGGGCUGAAGCUGAUUCUGGACAUCAGCCAACAGGACUACAUUCCCUACCUGUCCUCUGCUGCUGGGGCCCGGCUCAUGCUGCACCAACAGAAGAGCUUCCCCUUCCUCAAGGAUCAGGGCAUCUACGCCAUGGCUGGGACAGAAACCUCCAUUGGAGUGCUGGUGGAUGAGCUGGAGCGGAUGGGUUAUCCCUACAGCGACUGCACCAUGAACGGCUCCGACGUCCCUGUCAAAAACCUCUACAGCCAGUACAACACCUCCUACUCCAUACAGGCCUGCCUGCGCUCCUGUUUCCAAAACCACAUGGUGGAGAUCUGUGGAUGUGGGCACUAUAUGUUCCCUUUGCCUGAAGGGGUCAAUUACUGCAAUAACGAGGACAGCCCAGGCUGGGCAUAUUGCUAUUCCUCACUGAGAUCCAGCAUAAAACAGCGCCAGAUCUGCAUUGACUCCUGUAAAGAAACAUGCAAUGACACGCAGUACAAAAUGACCAUCUCCAUGGCGGACUGGCCAUCAGAGGCCUCUGAGGACUGGAUUUUCCAUAUUCUGUCUUAUGAAAGGGAUAUGUCAACAAAUGUGACUCUGGACAGGAAUGGGAUCAUCAAGCUGAACAUUUACUUCCAGGAGUACAACUACCGCACCAUCUCGGAGUCAGCUGCCACGACGAUCGUUUGGCUGCUGUCGAGCCUGGGAGGCCAGUUUGGGUUCUGGAUGGGGGGCUCGGUGCUGUGCCUCAUUGAGUUUGGGGAGAUCAUCAUCGACUCGCUGUGGAUCACCAUCAUCAACCUCAUCGGCUGGUGCAAAGGCCUGAGGCAGAGGCGGGCGCGGUGCCCCGACGCGCCCCCGACGGUGUCGGAGCUGGUGGAGGCUCACACCAACCUGGGCUUCCAGCCCGAGCCCACGGGGGCCGUGGCCAGGGCCGGGGCGCUGCCCCCCGAGCCCGGCACGCCCCCACCCAACUACGACUCCCUGCGGGUGCAGCCCCUGGACACCCUCGGCCCCGACAGCGACGCCGACACCGAGUGACCAGAGCGUCCUGCCUGCUCCCCCAGGCUCUGCCACUGCUGGACAAGUGUCUGCCUGGCAAAAUCAGGAGGGAAUUAAAAGCCCCAGCUGUCCUCUCCUAUGACUGAUUGCUGGGAGGAAGCUCUGCCUAAUAACCCUGCAAUAAACCUCAGAGAGCCAGGCUUUGGCUUUAGUGUGUAGAGCUCGUGUACAUCAGUAUUGCUGUGAAAUCACGUCACCAUUUCCCGUCCUGGGUGGGUGGGAAGCGAUUCCCAGUGAGCAGAGCAGGGGAGAGGACAGGACAUGCUGACAGUGGAUGUCUGUGGAUCACAGAACCCUAGAAGAGGAAGGGACCUUAAAGACGAUCUCAUCCUGUCCCCUUCUCCAGCACUCCUGGCUGCAGAGAUGUGGCACAGCGUGUGCCAUACCAUGGAGCAGAGCCUUGGGAUGGGACCAAAGCUACUUCUGACCUCUGGGGCUGCAGAAUCUCCAUUCCCAAACAAUGACAAUGGAAACAGCACAAACUGAUCUCUCCCUUGUGCCCUCACGGUGGGCACAGCUGGUGCUGUGGACAGGACUCCACAGAGACCCUGAGGGAGGAAGCACCAGCCUGUCUAACUGUCAUUCUUGCAACAAUAAAAAAUUGAU